AUGUCGGGAAAUAGAGAGCCAGCGGCCAUGGCACCAGACAAGAUGAAGCAGUGGACCACGGGGCUGGACGGCAUCGACAAGCUGCAGAUGGAGGAGGCGGAUGUGCCUCGCCCGGGGGAGGGCGAGGUGCUGGUCAAGAUCCACGCCGUGAGCUUGAAUUACCGCGACACCGAGGUCUGCAGCGGCGAGUGCAACCACCACCCGUCGAUCAAGUCGACGCAGCGCCUGGUCCCGUGCUCCGACAUGUGCGGCACCGUCGUCGAGAGCCGGUCCGGGCUGCUCGGGAAGGGGGCCCGCGUCGCGUCCAUCUUCCUGCAGACCCAUCUCCGGGGCGCCGUGCGCGAGGAGGACAUGGCCAGCGGGCUCGGGCUGCCGCUGCCGGGCGUGCUCGCGCAGUACCGCGUCUUCCCGGCCGUCUCGCUGGUCCGCAUGCCGGCGUACCUGACGGACGAGGAGGCGAGCUGCCUGCCCAUCGCGGGCGUGACCUCGUGGACGAGCCUGAACUGGAUGCGGCCCCUGGGGCGGCACAUUGGCACCGACGGGGAGGAGCUGGGAUCCCGCUUCGUCCUGCUCCAGGGGACGGGCGGCGUGGCCGUGGCGGGAUUGCAGGCCGCCCACGCGGCGGGCUACAAGACCAUCAUCACGUCGUCGUCCGACGACAAGCUGCGCCGCGCGGCGGACGAGCUGGGCGCCGACCACACCGUCAACUACAAGACGUGCUGGGAGUGGCAGGGGCCCGUCAUGGAGGCCACGGGCGGCCGCGGCGCCGACGUCGUCUUCGAGACGGGCGGCGCGCGCACCCUCCGCAAGAGCUUCGAGAGCGUGGCCUUUGGCGGCGUCAUCAACUGCAUCGGCUACCUAUCCGGCAAGGCGGACGAGGACCAGCCCGGCGAUGGGGCCAAGGCGCCGCUGCAGAGGCUGAACGUCAACGUGCUGGCUCUGCGGCGCAACGUGACGCUGCGCGGCAUCAUCAACGGCGGCAAGGACCGCUUCGAGGAGAUGCUGGGCUUUUACGAGGCCAAGAAGAUCAGGCCUGUCGUGAGCAGGGUCUUUGCCUUUGCCGACGCCAAGGAGGCCAUGAGGUAUCUGGCCGACGGGAAGCAUUUCGGCAAGGUGGUUAUCGAGGUUGGUGAUGGUUAG